UGCUCCGCAGCGUUUGCUGGCGAAUGGGCGUUUCUUAUCGUGUCUCUUGUUUGUGACUUUAGCUGGUGUCGGAGGGCUUUGCGAAAUAUGCCUUGGUUGUGGAGUGAAUUUGUUCUCACGCCCCAAAUUUACCAAGCGGUCCCUGGUUUAAUCUGCUGCACUGUUGUAUUGUUUAAACUACUGAAAUGGAUGGAAAGAAGGAACUGUCUUGCGGAGAUAGAAAAAGCUCGGGCAAGCAGAAAGAAAGCGUUGAGCGCCAUGGAAAGAGCUGUGCUGGUGUUUAAAGAGUCGGGCAGAUCUGGAGACACUGAAUCUAUUCUAUCUCUAUCCCUCCUGAAGCUGCAUGAACAAUUGCAGGAAGAUUCUCUUUCUCCUGAUGUUGUGUUGCAUGCUUACAUGGAGAAGGCCCUGGAAGUCACCAAGCAGCUGAACUGCCUCACAGAUUUUCUUCCAGAAUGUCAAACACAGCUUCAGGAGCUCCGUGGGAAAAAGAAAGGACUUCUACAUGGAAUCCCUGUCAGCAUUAAGGAUAAUGUUAACUACAAGGGUCAUGAUUCAACUUGUGGACUUAGGAAUUUCUUACAGCAGCCUGCAAUGGAGGACAGUGUCUUGGUCCAAGUGCUGAAGAAACAAGGAGCUGUUCCUUUUGUGAAAACUAAUGUCCCUCAGUCCAUGCUAAGCUAUGAGUGCAGUAACCCUAUAUUUGGGGAAACUGUCAACCCACAUGAUAACAAGCGCACGCCAGGUGGGUCAUCUGGAGGAGAGGGGGCCCUGAUCGCAGCUGGUGGUUCCAUUCUUGGCAUUGGAAGUGAUAUCGGUGGCAGCAUCCGGGUGCCAGCUGCAUUUUGUGGAAUCUGUGGCUUCAAACCAACUGGAAAAAGAUUGAGUGGCAAAGGAUUCAGAUCAUCUGUGCCUGGACAGAGAGCUGUUGAGGCGGCAGUUGGACCAUUGGCCAGAGAUGUGGAUAGUUUGGCAUUGUGCAUGAAUGCUCUGUUAUGUGAAGACAUGUUCCAAUUGGAUCCCACAGUGCCACCUCUUCCCUUCAUUAAUGAGGUGUUUUCCAGCUCCAAACCGUUGAGGAUAGGUUAUUAUGAGAGCGAUGGGUUUUGGAUUCCCAAUGCCAGCAUGAAACGUGCAGUUAUGGAAACCAAACAACUGCUGGAGGAGGCAGGACACACGCUGGUUCCCUUCACAUCUAUGAGGACUCGAUAUGCAGUAAAUGAGCUUAUUAUAAGUGGUAUCGGGGCUGAUGGUGGCGUUACACUGAUGGAAAGAUUAAAAGGAGACAUAUUCGACCCGACUUUGAAAGAUUUGUUUUUCACAUACAAGGUGCCUCAGAUGCUUAGGAAGAUACUGUGCUUUCUUCUGAAAUUUUUUAGUCCUAGAAUUGCAGAGGCCUGCAAGUCCCUGGGUGGAGUAGGAUCAGUCGAUAAACUGUGGAAGCAGCAUGUUGCAAUAGAGGCUUACCGUGAGGAGUACAUCAGCAUGUGGAAAAGUGCAAACCUUGACGUCUUACUUUGCCCAGCAAUAGGUCCAGCUCUCACUGUCGGAUAUGCUGGAAAAUUAACAGCUACUGCCUGCUACCAGGUUAUUUUCAACUUGCUAAAUUUCCCAGCUGGUGUUGUGCCAGUUAGUACAGUAACAGAGAAGGAUGAAGAGGAACUAAAGGACUAUGUGGGUUACAGUAAUGAUCUCUGGGACAGGAUUUUCAAAAAGGGUGCAUCAGGAGCUGUUGGUCUCCCAUUAGCUGUGCAGUGUGUAGCCCUGCCUUGGCAGGAUGAACUCUGCCUGUGUCUAAUGAGGGAGGUGGAAAGGGUUACUCAAAAGAAGAGGACCAUUUAACUACAUCGGUUAUUGGAGCAGCCUUUUAAGUACAACUACUUCUGGCUGAACCUUCACACGGAUGCUGCUCUACUUGGGGAUAUGGCAAAAAUGUUGGGAAUUAGGUGACAUUUUGGGAUUAAUAAAUUGAAUUUUCUGAUUUUUAAAAACUUGAAAUCAAAUGGUGAUGUGUUUAACAUGUUAGAAAGAUGUUGACCAUGUUCUAUCCCUCCACACACCUUUCAAUGUAAAUUGUAAAACAUUGGCCUGUUGAACUGAUUGGGACUUUAUUGUAAUCUGAUGUUGCCAGUAAAUUUUGUUUUGGUGUAAUGGUACAUAUGAGGGACAAAAAUCUCUAAAUAUUGAAGACAGGAAUAUCAUGAUGCAAUAAAUAAAUUGAUACUUGGUUCCAUAA